UGUGAUCAUGUAAAAGAGAAAACAAAGGAAAGGUGAAGGAAGGAUAGAUGAAGAACAAACAAUUAGCGAUUACCUUGAAAGUGUGAUCUGAUAAAAGGCAACCAAGGAAAAAGUGAAGAAUGGAUACAUCGACAAUUGACGAAGAACAAACAUCUAGCGAUUAUCUUGAAUCACAUGAAGAACCCGAGAGAAGACUGUUACAUAAUUUUGAAAACGUACUUCAGUUGAUUCAAGUGGAUACAUUUUGGAAUAAUGUUGGUGAAACCCUUGAAAACAAGUACCCAAGGAUAAUAGAAUCUCUGAAAGAUAGGAUGAAAGAUCUUCAAAAGUAUGACUGUGGAAUUGUAGUGGCGGGAGAGACGAGCGCUGGAAAGAGCGCCCUGAUAAAUAAACUUAUAGGACAUGAAACCUUAGCUGAGGGUGUUUUAGAAACCACAGCAAAGAUUUACAGGGUGAAACAUUCCGCCAAAAUUGGUGCAGUUAAAUACCGAGUUGGAAAUUCAGAACCGACGGAACAAUUUUUUAACAGUGUUGAAGAAUUGCAACAAAUGCUGAAAAAUCUUGAAAGUGAAGACACAAGAGACAACAAUAUUCAUCUAGUAGAUGUACUGAUGCCAUUCUCCAAAAUACAGAAUGGGAACGUUACCAUUGUGGACACACCAGGGAUCGGUGACUCUAUAGAGUUGAAAAAAAUGCUAGAGGAAUACAUUCCUAAAGCUGUUGCCUUCAUCAUUGUCAUGGAUGUGUCUAGAGCUGGAGGAUUACAAAGAGACAGGGUUUUGUCCGUGUUGUCAACAAUAGAGCUUAGUGCGUCAGACAUGUUGUGUUUUGACUUGGAAGAUACUUUGUUUGUCAGAAACAAAUGGGAUUGUAUAGAUGCUGGAAGACAAACGCGAGACAAGUUAAAAAUGAUAAUAACUGAUCGCAUGAGAACAGAGUUACCAUGGGUCAGAGAAAGCCAGAUUUUUGAUACAUGUUUAAGGAAGGCGACUUCUAUGUUAUCCCCAGCUGAUAAAUCUGAGUACCAUUCUCAAUUUAUACAAUUUGAAGAGGCCAUACAUAUUUUGAUCAAAAAGAAGGAGAAUAUAAGAAUUCAAACUCAUGGAAGAUAUUUAUCAUGUGUGGUUUUAGAGGCUAGUAAAGUACUCUCCGAGGCACUGACUGCCAAUCAAAAAGAAAUAGACGGAAAAGACAUUACACUCCAAAACUUCAAAGAAAUUAUGACCAAAACUAUGGAGGCAAAAAAGACAUUCCAUUUAAAUGAAGAAAAGAUGAUGAUGGCUAUUUAUGGAAAAAUAAUAUCCAGUCUAUACGAUUACAUUAAUUCUGAGGAAUUUUCAACACUAAUUUUGCAAGAGGAGCCAAAACUUGAGACGUUUUUAAAAAUGAAAAUUGAUGGAAUAGUUCACAAACGAAUGGAAAGAGCUACGAAAAUGUGGUUAGAUGAAAACGUCCCAAAAAUCGUUAAAACUGAAUUCGACUUACUUAUUCAAGAUAUAACAGAUAAAUACGAGGAAAUGUCGAAUGUUUGUAAAAGUGUGGAAGGAAUUUCGGAACCCCAAUUCCAAUAUGGUAUUAAGGAAGAAGGUUUUUUCUGGACUGUGGCAAGUGGCAUUGCAUGGGUCGGUCAUAAUUAUUUCUGGAGUUUUUUCUUUGGUCCACAGGCAGUUGCAAUUAUUUCAACAUUUUGGGUUUUUUCUACAUUGUCUGUAGGUACCUUGGAUAUUACUAAACAAAUGUAUAAAGUCGAGGAAAUAAUCAAGGAAUCAUUUACAAAACGCGUUAAAUCAAUGAAUAAAGAAAAACUGCAUAACUUGUUGCAAAAGAAUCUCGACAAAGGCUUGCGUGAAUUUCAUCGACAGAUUGUUACAAUCGUGCUACCAAAUGCGAUCCAGAACAUGUCUUUUUGCGUCGAUUUAUUGGAGAAAAAGAAAAGGAAAAUGGAGAAAAAACAGGAUGAUUUCAAACAUUUGCUAACCAAAUUAGAUCGUUGUCAGAACGACGUUGACAAAAUGAUAACAUCUGUGCCACAGGUUCGAGUUUAAAGUCUGUUCAACAAAACAUUGAUAUAAGAAACUAUAUAAGCUACUUACGAGGGAAAACUGGAUUUGACAAGACAUGUAGUUGUAAAUCCCAAAGCUGUAAGCUGUAAAGUGUUCCAACAAAAAUUACAUGUAUAAAUUGGGUUGAUGGAUUGAAUUUAUUCUUCACAAUUCAUCGAAUUUUCUGCUUUGAAUGGAGAAAUUAUGGCCAUAUGACAUAUACAAUUAUGAAAAAACUGUACAAAUCUAAAAUAUAAAACCGUAUCGAUCAACUGAUACGAGUUUUGUGUUAGUCUUAUCAUGAGGUGUGCAACAUUCUUGAUAACGACUUUUUUAGUCAAUUAAAUAACGCUCUUCAAACAGAAUUAGAAUAUAAGGGCAUUAUUAAACAUCAUUCGGAGAGAAACAAUUUUGUUAUGGCAUCGCUUAUUUUACAUGUUUACUGUGAUUCUGAAUUUUGAAAGCCUCUAUGAAGAAAUAUUGUAUCAUAAUUCUCAGUGAUUCUGACUUGAUUCGGACAUUUUUGCCUGAAUGACUUGUGUUUGACUUUAUUUGUUGGUCUACAUGUUUGUAGCGAGUUAGCAAGUUAAAGCCGCUUAGAUUGUUGUAAAGUUUUUCAAUGCUGAUUUCAACGUUCGUACUUUACCAUUCCAAUGAAAUUUAUAUUGAUAAUUUUAUUUGUGAAAUAGAUAAAUAAAUAAAUCUUAUUUAUUUC